GUGCAGGUGCAGGUGCGGAUGCAGGGGCACGCAUAGGCCUAGAUGCAGGGUCAGGUGCAGCUACAGACCGACAAGCAUCUGGUGAGAGGAAUCCGAUGGUGGACAAACAUGCUGAAGGAGGCAUUGACGGAUUAUCACAGCGCGAUUUGCAGAACGGGCUAUAUGAUGAUAGAUUCAAUGAUCCUGUGAUUCGAUCUGAACUGGAGGAGGAGUACAGUGAAAAAUGUGCCGAAUGGUACGAAUACAAUGUAGCAAUUUUGCUUCACGACAAAAAACAACUAUCUAAUGAAGCUCGGCCUGUAGUUCGGUAUGAUGUUCCAGGUAAGGUUCCGAGUGAUUAUGCGGUGAGAAGGGCGUGUGGUCRGAACCUCACGGAWAAUGAAGGCCUUCGAUGGACCCAGGAGGAGUUGUUGCAAAUGUUGAAGAAGAAGGAGGAGGAAGUGAAGAUGUUGAGGAAUGCCUUUUACCGUGUGGAGUUGAAUGCAAAGGCGGUGCUUGAAAGUUUCCUUGCAGGGAAACGAAGUGAACAUGUGAUAGAUUCCUUCGUGUCCGGCUCUUUGGACGUGAAGACGGAGGUGCAAAGUAGUGAAGAUAUGAAAAGAGAAUUUCAAACUCUGAUUCAAUCAUCGGUCAAAAAUGAUUUGCUGAAUCAGCUGUCGGAACUUAGUAAUAGAGUUGACACACACCUGUUGCAAGAGUGUCAGAGUUUACGUCGGCGACUGGAAGAAGCAGAGAUUGCAAUAAGAAAAAUGUUGGUGGCUGGUGCAUUGCCGCCCAUUGAUCCUUCUUUUGCCUCCAACCUAUUCGGAAUUUCAUCGACUGCGACUUUGGAAGGUCUUCCAAAAUCGUCUCUGAUUGCAAUGUUACGGUCACUGCAAAGUCUUGGUUCGGAAUUGGCACACAGGAAUGCGCUUUUAGAGGUGCAAAACGUGAUGAAGUUUCAAGUCAGUGAUGGUCAAUUGAAUAGUACGGUUUUGCUGCUUGGAGAUUUAUACAAGCAGACAUACGAUGCAUUGAUGGAUUCAAUGUCCAGGGACAAUUUUCCCGAGCUAAUGGGCGAUGGAUUGGGGAAUGGGAUGCUGCGAUGUUACAAAGAGCAGUUAUACAUGAUGAGAGUUUUGUUGACCAAUGUCAUUUGUACGUACUCGCGAAUGAGAUCUAUAAAGGGUAUGGAGAAUGUGAAACGAGAAUUGAAUGCUUUGGCAAACAUUAAUAAGCAACAUGAGACGAGAUUGCAUGAGUUGGUGUUUGCGUUAGUCGAAGUGCUAAGGCAUCGAUGUCCCCGUUGUGGUCGUAUGAGUCAUUAUGCAAGAGGGGACUACAAAAAGGUGAACGAUUUGAUGGUUGUUCGACCUGGCUCUGAUGACAACACAAAUAUUUAUGCUUUAGGAAACGUUGUUGUUGAUGAGCAUCAACAGUUAGCAAUGGAAGGAAGGAGAAGGCAACUUCGUGAGGAUAAUGAUGUACACGAGUUUCGGGAACAUGGUGAGCCGGAUAAUCAGGAUGAGGAAAUGAAUGAUUUGGAUGAUGAUCCGCCUGCUGAUAUGAAUGGACUCUCGUCCGUACCCGUGGCAACACCGUAUGCAGCUGUUGAGAACACCGUGGCUAUUGUUGCGAAUGCUAGCACGGUUCAAGCGUUCGACGUUGGUGGUCGAGAAUCGUGCAGGUCGCGUAAUAGUAUUGGACUCGCUGUGGCGUCCGGUGGGAUAGCGGCGACUCUUUUGACCGGUGGUCGAACAUUUCACUCACGAUUUCGAGCACCUUUGAAACCUGAUAACACUCGUCCCUUCAAUAUUCCGAAACAGGGUGAUCUUGCCGAACUUAUCCGCCGUGCCGAUUUGAUCGUUUGGGAGGAGGUUCCGCUGAGUAACAAGUUCGACUUGGAAGCUCUUGGCAUUAUGCCUCGAGAUCUCUGUAGCAGUAACCUCCCGUUUGGAGGAAAGGUUUUGCUUCUUUCUGGGGACUUUCGRCAGGUUUUGCCCGUUGUGAAGCACGGGUUUCGAGCGCAACAAGUUGAUGCCUCUAUUAAAAUGUCUCCUUUGUGGAAACUCUUUGAGGUCCAUUGCCUUACUGAGAAUAUGCGGAUCUUAAGCUUAGGGGAUGAUCCAAUGGCGCGAAUGUAUGACGCGUUUUUGAUGCGUAUUGGGAAUGGGUGAUCAUAUUUGUUUUCUUCCUAAUGAACCUGUCGCGGUCAA